UAAUAUAAUAAAAAUAUAGAAUUUUUUUAUAUAGAUAAAUAAAAUUUAAUUUAGAAUUAAAACAUAAUAUAUCAUAUGAAUUGUGUAUAGAAUAGUGUGAUUACAUUGAUAUCUCUACAAUGUACGUAUUACGUAUUGGAAAAUCUCCAACAUAUAUAGCGUACAAGUGAAUAGAGCGAAAUGUCAAAAUUGUUUUACUGUUUGUAGUUUAAUGUUGCGACGGAAAAAAAUAAUGCCUUACUUUUGCAAAGAUUGCAACGAUAUCGUUCAAAUAUGCAACAAAAUUGAAUCGAUGUGCAAGAAUGAUCGGAAAAGACACGGGCGCAUCUACACUCAUAAUAUCCCUCGCUAAUGAAGCGUUACAAUUUGCUGAAAACACCGAAGACGCCGAAGCCUUAAAUCCUGGUCGAGAUUUAUUGGAUUUAGUCGAAAUGUUGACGUCUAAUCAGUCUAUUGCGUUUGAAAAUGUUUUGAAUCAAACCGAUCAAACCGCAGUUAAUGCGAAAAUCAAAGUUGAUUUCAAUUUCCAAAAGAACAUAUUAAGCGCCAUUCCACCGAUCCCACCUAAAAAUAAUGACGAAAGGCAUCAACAGACAAGAGAGAAUUUACCGAUUUUCAAAUCCCGUCAUCAAAUUAUCGACACUAUCAAUCGAAAUCAAGUGGUCGUUAUAUCAAGUCAAACAGGUUCGGGCAAAACCACUCAAAUACCUCAGUAUAUCAUGGAGGAUUCUUUAUUGCGCCAACAAAAUUGUCGAAUAUAUUGUACACAACCUCGUCGAUUAGCCGCUACUUCAAUCGCAAAAAGAGUUGCGCUAGAACGAGGAGAAGAUAUUGGACACUCAAUCGGAUACCAAAUUCGUAUGGAAAGUUGUAUUUCUCCGAUUACCAAUUUGAUCUAUACGACAAGUGGAUAUUUAUUGCGAUAUUUAAUCGGAUCGAAGAAACUUGUGUUCAAAAGUAUCACACACUUGAUAUUGGACGAGGUUCAUGAAAGGGAAAAAGUAACCGAUUUCUUGAUGAUUUUUAUUCGUGAUGUUCUCAAAUCAAAUCCACACAUGAAAGUCAUCUUAAUGUCUGCCACUCUUGACUCGGACAUAUUUUGUCAAUACUUUGGCAAUUGUCCAGUGAUUAAUGUUCCCGGCAACGUCAAAUUGAAACCAUGCACCUCGGUGAAGUUCUCAUCAAGACCGGAUACAAAACCAAAGAAAUGGCUUCCUACAUGAUCAAUGUUCCCGUACCAAAUGUUAUUGAUGAUGAAAUUGUGCAAAGUACACCAGCCACACCAGCUGGAGAAUGGCCACAAACGCCACAAUUACUUCAGCACGCAUAUUAUAUGACGUUUGGCCGACGUAAUCAAAUUGAUCAUGAGUUGUUAUACCAUGUCAUUCAUCAUAUUCACAUGGACCAACCACUUGAUGGUAGUAUAUUGGUAUUUUUACCUGGAUAUGACGACAUCAUUGUACAAAAGGAAAAAAUUGAUUCAUUUUGCCGGUCAAUAAGAAUUUGUAAACAUUAAUUAAUAUCAUUUUUUUUUUAAAGAUUGAAACGCAAACAUACUGAACAUACUGCGAAUGUUUUAAAUUAGUGUUUUCGGAAAACAACAAACUUAUCGAUUUAAUGUAAUGAUAGUUGAAAUUCAGUGUAUUUAAGCCAAAUUUCUAUUUAUUAGAAAAUAGUA